ACAGAAACUUGAUCAAAAAAAUAGUAGAGUGAAGGGCACCUCAGAAAUGGGAUUAAUAAAUAUAAUAACAAUAUAAUAUCAUAUUAUUUGUUUAACAUCUAAAAACAAAAUAAAAAAUAAAAAUAAAAAUCUCAUCGGCGGACGAAAAGACCAUACCGAAGAAAUGAGUACGGCGACGGUUGGAUUGUUGAGUUCCACAGAUCACGCUAUGAUUCUCGCCGCCAUGAAACCUUCCUUCAUUUCUUCAUCAUCUUCUUGUUCUUGUUUAUCAGUUUCGCUCUCGCCUUGCAAAAUCUCUCCUUUCGCCACAGCUACGAGGAGGAGAAGGAUUAGCUGCGAGGUUGCGAUCAAGUCCGACUCUGCGACUUCUCCUUCGUCGUCGGAGUUUUCGGAAUCGCCGUCUUCGUCUCCGGGAACCGCCGACGACGAGACCGGGGGAGCGAGGAUUGGGGCCAGGGUUAGGGUGAAAGUGCCGCUGAAGGUCUACCACGUACCGAAGGUUCCGGAGAUCGAUAUCUUGGGAAUGGAAGGCGAGCUCAAGCAGUACGUUGGAGUAUGGAAGGGGAAGAGGAUUUCGGCGAAUCUUCCGUACAAGGUUCAGUUCUUGACGGAGGUCGAAGGUCGCGGAAAGGUCAAGUUCUUCGCUCAUCUCAAGGAAGAUGAGUUCGAGUACGUUUAAGUUUCUUUCCAGGCAAUUCUCUCUCUCUAUCUCUCUCUUCUGAACAGUAAAUAAAAUCCGGAGAAACUGUAGCUUAAAGAGCGACUGCUCGGCAUAGUAUUGUAUGUAAUUUACUUGGAUUCUUGUGUUAUUACUGGUGUAAUUGAAUUUGAGAAUUAUUAUUCUGAGUUUCUGAUGAUUAUUAUUGUGAUAAAAAUGAACAUUGAAAUUA